AUGGUGGCGGACAUACUUCUUCAAAUUGCUCUCAUCCUCGUAAUGGUCGUCAUGUUCUUGGCGAUGCACAACAUUCCACAGAGAUUCUUUGCGAAGCUUCGGUUUCGUUUUCGUUCCGAUGUCGAAUCCAAACGCCACUUCGUGAGAGGCGCUCAGCUUCUCGCUCGAGCAAGAUCUGCUCCGUCGCGCUCAUCGGCGACGUCGUUGGCGGAACAAGUCGUAGCGGAAGCCGAUAAGGCGAUCGCUCUCGAUCCUAAGGAUGCCGCUGCUCACAUCCUCAAGGCUUUGGCUCUCGAUAUUCAAGGAUUCAAGACCUCUGCUCUUGAAUCACUCGAUACGGCUUUGUCGCCCCUCGCCGCUAAGUCGCUCAGCAACGAGGAGCGAGGCGACGCGUUGUACAAACGAGCUGAGUUGAAGAUGUCCACGAAUCGGCGAGCCGUAGUUGACUCGGCUUUGGCUGACUUGACCGAGUCUGUGACGCUGAGUCAGAAUGCGAAUGCGUAUUGUUGGUUGGGGAAAUGCUAUGAAAUGAAGAAACUAAGAGGAGAAGCUAAGAAAGCAUAUGAAGAAGCGUUGAACAUCGAGCCACGAUUAUCCAAAGCCCGGGAGGCAUUGGAACGCCUAUCAUCAUCGUGA